AUGUCGAGUCACUAUCGAAAUUUGUCUCCUAGUCGAGGCCGACAUUCCAUGGUUGAUCCUAUGAGAGCUUCGACCGGCAUGGUGCAGUUAAACUCAUCCUACGAUCCUUAUGAUGCGCCCAGGCGUUACGAUUACGACGACUACCCGUCCGAUACUGGAUAUUCAAGUGCGUUCGGGUACCGCUCAGGGCAACCAGCAAAGCUCGAAGCCCACCAAAUAUCCUCGCACCGAGUUCGAGACCCCACUACGUCUGCCAAAAAACGCACUGAGUACAGCGUCCAGCCCCGCAAUAGGCACAGAAGCCAUACAACAACGGCAGCGGACUUCGAGACACCAGUGCAUCUUGCUGUACCUUCCGCAUCACGUCAGCAUCUCUCGCCCGUCCACCACUCAUCUUACCGCCGCACCCCGAGCCCUCUUCCCACAGAUUCCGGUAAUCACAUAAUUUCUGCUUCACCUCGACAUUCCGCACAUCGCCGGAUCUACAGCACCGACUACGCAAGCGACGCUGGCCAAAUUGACCCAAGGAACAGUGCCAGACAUAGGACUAGUCACAGUGCGCAUCACCACCGUGUCCAUCCGUCGACUCGUACACGCUAUCCAGCGUACGACGGGCUAAGGAAAGGUGAUGACAUUGAUGAUUUUGACGCCUAUUCAUACACCAAUGCCCGUGAGCAGUUUGACCGGGACUACCCUGUCAAGGUGCGCCAUCGUGGACCUGAUCAGCGGCUCAGUAUCACUGGCGCAGAAGACCUCCAGUGGACAUCGCGGAGAGAACGUCAUCAUGGCCCACCCCCAACAUCGUGGGGUCUUGACAAGCUAGGUCGUGAACGGCCACGAAGCUCAGCGCAUGGUAAGGAUGAUCAUCGAGAGCCGCACAGAUCAAAGGAUGGAUUCCACGAUCAAGCCCUGGUCGCCGUACCUCAAGACUCUGACAGUGAAUACCCCUCCCGACACGACGAGCGCCGCCGCCGCCGUGCGUACAGAGCGCGCCACGCAAAUGAUCGAGAGUAUCAAUAUCCAGAAGACUACCAUUCUAAGCCACAUGACUCGGGCGCGCUCGCUACUAUGGGGCUUGGAACAGCGGCCUUAGGGGGCGGAUACUCCGACAUGUCGGACUUUGAACAACGUCGCCCGUCACGACACAAGCAUCGACGUGCACAUGGUGAGCACGACCGCAAUGCCGUCAAGCCUCCUUCGCGGGAGCUGGUAGAGGCAGUCCCAGCGGAUGAAAGAACCAAGCAAACCUACUUGGACCCCGCCGAUGCUCAUCGUCACGGUCGAACACGACGCCACUCCCGCCGGCGGACGCACAGCGACGACGCCGAUACGUCAGACGACGACUUGCGUAACUACAGGCGUGAGCCCGCGCGCCGAAGACACAGCAUCACCGACACAGAGAGUGACCGCGACCCCAGUAGGGACCGCUCGCAUCACAGGCGAGAACGAGAACGAGACCACUCACGUGGAUACCGCUCUUCUCAGGCCCAUCGCACGCCGGAGGAUGGCCACGCUAUGGAGUCGCGACGAUCGCCGCCGGUCGACACGGCCAAAGAUGACUCCAGAAGACCUAUAGCUGUCGAACCGGCUGCUCCAAAGGAGCCCGACGCACCUCCCAAGGGGAUCCUCAAGGCCCCGCGUCCGGCCUUCCCAGAGGAGCCCAACCCGGUGAGGGAGGGUGUCGCUCCCCUCAAAGACGCUCAUAAGCAAGGGAUCCCGCCUGGAGCUCGAUGGACGAAGAUUGACCGGCGACUCGUGAACCCAGAGGCAUUGGAAGCUGGCAAUGAGCGGUUUGAAGAGCGAUCGGAUUAUGUGAUCGUUUUGAGAGUCUUGAGUAAGGAGGAGAUACAGCAGUACGCUGUGAAGACACAGGAGAUCAGAGACAUCCGGCACAAGGAACAGCUACGCGACAGACGCAAGUCUAGAGAUGAGGCUCACCGCCACGGCCGCCGGGGCGAGGAGUCUUCCAGCGACGACGAGGACGAGGGUGAAGAAGAGCCCUGGAAGCAGCUCGAAGCAGCCGCUGCACCAACCACACCGAAGAUGUCCUUGCCAUCGCGCCCACGCGCUUCGACCAACUCAAUGCAUGAGGCUGAAAGCUCUAGAAUGAAUAACCCCUCUGCUGCGCCGGCGUAG